CGCACGCGCGGGGCUCCCGUUGCGCCGGGUCUGGCCGCGAUGGCGGACGGCGGCGGCGGAGAGGUGGCCGCGGUCCCCGCCUCCGGGCCGGCCAACGGCCUCAGCAACGGGGCGGGCGCGACCCCCGCGCAGCCCAACAACCCGCUGUCGCGCAAGCUGCACAAGAUCCUGGAGACGCGGCUGGACAAUGACAAGGAGAUGUUGGAAGCUCUCAAGGCACUUUCAACCUUUUUCGUUGAGAAUAGUUUGCGAACUCGAAGAAACUUACGUGGCGAUAUUGAACGUAGAAGCUUGGCCAUCAAUGAGGAAUUUGUGAGCAUCUUCAAGGAGGUGAAAGAGGAACUUGAAAGCAUUAAUGAAGAUGUUCAAGCCAUGAGCAGCUGCUGUCAGGACAUGACAAGUCGGUUACAGGCAGCAAAAGAACAGACUCAAGAUUUAAUAGUAAAAACCACUAAGCUUCAAGCAGAAAGCCAAAGAUUGGAAAUCAGAGCACAAGUAGCAGAUGCCUUUUUAUCCAAGUUCCAGCUGACUUCUGACGAGAUGGGUCUUCUACGAGGCACACGAGGGGGCCCCGUCACUGAGGACUUUUUCAAGGCUUUAGGAAGAGUGAAACAGAUUCACAAUGAUGUCAAAAUUCUUUUGCGAACCAACCAGCAGACGGCAGGUUUAGAAAUUAUGGAACAGAUGGCCUUGCUUCAAGAAACGGCUUACGAAAGACUUUACCGAUGGGCUCAAAGUGAAUGCAGAGCCCUGACACAAGAGUCCUGUGAUGUGUCUGCGGUGUUAACUCAGGCCAUGGAGGCCCUGCAGGACAGGCCUGUCCUAUACAAGUAUACCUUAGAUGAAUUUGGAACGGCCCGGCGAAGUACUGUUGUUCGUGGGUUUAUUGAUGCUCUCACAAGAGGAGGUCCAGGAGGUACACCUAGACCCAUUGAGAUGCAUUCCCACGACCCUCUGAGGUAUGUGGGCGAUAUGCUGGCAUGGCUCCAUCAAGCUACUGCCUCCGAGAAGGAGCAUCUGGAAGCUCUCUUGAAGCAAGUAACUGCGCAGGGUGUUGAAGAAAAUAUUCAAGAAGUUGUUGGACAUAUCACUGAGGGUGUGUGUCGGCCUCUAAAGGUUCGCAUUGAACAAGUAAUACUUGCUGAACCUGGGGCAGUUUUAUUAUAUAAAAUUUCUAAUCUCCUCAAGUUUUACCAUCAUACAAUCAGUGGCAUCGUUGGAAACAGCGCAGCUACUCUACUGACAACAAUUGAAGAAAUGCACUUGCUCAGUAAAAAAAUAUUCUUCAAUAGCUUGAGUCUCCAUGCAAGUAAGCUGAUGGACAAGGUUGAGCUCCCACCACCUGACCUUGGACCCAGUUCCGCCCUGAAUCAGACCCUCACUUUACUGCGGGAGGUGCUGGCUUCACACGACUCCUCAGUUGUCCCCUUGGAUGCUCGGCAGGCUGACUUCGUGCAGGUUUUGUCGUGUGUGUUAGAUCCUCUCCUCCAAAUGUGUACAGUAUCAGCCAGCAAUUUAGGCACAGCUGACAUGGCUACGUUCAUGGUCAACUCACUGUACAUGAUGAAGACAACAUUGGCUCUGUUUGAAUUCACCGACAGGCGCCUGGAAAUGCUUCAGUUUCAGAUUGAAGCCCAUUUGGACACUCUUAUAAACGAGCAAGCCUCUUAUGUGUUGACUCGGGUUGGCUUGAGCUACAUCUACAAUACUGUACAGCAACACAAGCCUGAGCAGGGUUCUUUAGCCAAUUUGCCCAACCUAGAUUCUGUGGCACUGAAGGCUGCAAUGGCUCAGUUUGACCGCUACCUCUCAGCCCCAGACCACCUGCUGAUGCCACAGCUCAACUUCCUGCUCAGCGCCACAGUCAAGGAGCAGAUUGUAAAGCAGUCUACUGAGCUGGUGUGCAGAGCCUAUGAGGAAGUUCAUGCAGCUGUGGUGAAUCCAGUCAAUGCAUACAAAGAUCCAGAGAGCAUCCUACACAGGUCGCCCGAGCAAGUGAAGACACUACUCUCCUGAUGAUCUUGGUGGCAUUUGCAGAUUAUUGCUGCCUGGCAACGUCAAGGGUGGUUUGGGUUUUUAAUCUGAGUCUUUAUCUUGAAGUUUGAGAAUUACAGUUUCCCUUGUAUGAGAUUGAGGUCAGUUUCUUUCAUUCUCAGCUAACAUGGAGAUAAAUCAGUAUUGGUUUGAGUCUAUACUGCUGUAUCUCCUCUCUAAGUAGCAAUAUUCCCUUGUUCAUUAGCUGCCUCUGCAUAGCAGCUUUAAGGUCCGCUGACUUGGGAUUAUACAUGGAGGCAAAAGUCAGAUGGAAGAUUGCAGGGUUAAGUACAAUGAGUUCUGAAUCAGUACCAUGUGGCUUCUAAGCUGCAGCUGCUGUGAAUGUACCUUAAUGGAAGAUCCUUAUGCUUUCAUUGUAAGGAAAGCUUCUUGAACCUAGCCGUGUCUCUGUCCCCCAGAUAAGUGCCCAAGAGGUUGUUAGAGAAAAGCAACGGUGAGGCUGUCAUCUCCUUUCUGCUUUGUACCUGCAACCUUGCUCCUUGCAGACAUUUGUAUGUGUGUUGAAAUAUCCACUCAGCUGAAAGGUUGGAAAGCCUUCACAUGGAAAGCCUCAUGUUUCAGGGUGGGUAUUCCUCAUACAGUGUGCACCUAACCUGGCCACCCACAAACUUUGUUCUCUCUUCAGACUAAUAAGGGUUGUUCAGAGAAAAGGUGACUAUAGGUAUCCACCGUGUCAGUCUGUCUUGAUCUUUUCAAUGAACAUAUGUGACAUAUUUUAUCAAAACAGCAUAAUACAAGGCAGGAACUUACGUUGUGCAUAAUUUAUUUCUACUGUGAAAAAAGAUUGAUUCACUUACCUUUUGUUUGCUAAGAGAAAAUAUAUUUUUCCUUGUUAUCUGGUUUUCUUAAUAUAUAUUAAACUAUUUCUGGUGCAA